AUGGAGAACGGCAAGCCUAUCGAAAAUAGUCUCUACUUCUAUGCGCCUAGCAAGGUAGCACCCGCUGUAUUUGCAGUUUUGAUAGCGAUGUCUAUGGUUACUCAUGGUUAUCAAUGCUAUCGUUACAAAUGCUGGAAAGUCACUGGACCACUUCCAUGGUGCGGAUGUAUAUAUCUUGCCGGUUUCAUCCUUCGAGAAAUCGGUGCUUUCAACUACAGCAAUCUCGAUAUAUAUGUCGCGAGUAUCGUUCUGCUUUACGCUGCACUACCCAUCUACGAACUAGUAAACUACUUCAUUCUCACCCGUAUUCUCUACUACGUCCCUUACCACUCUCCUCUCCAUCCCGGCCGCGUCCUCACAACUUUCGGCGCCAUAUCCGCCGUUGUCGAAGCUCUCAACGCUAACGGUGCUGCCCGUAUCGCCAACUCAUCUCUUUCCGAAGAUGCGCAAGAAACCGGUCGAUCUCUUCUCAAAGCCACUUUAUGUCUUCAACUCGGUACAUUGGGAGCAUUCAUCUUCCUCGCUGCUUAUUUCCACUUGAAAUGUCGCAAAUAUUCGCUUUUACCGAGUAAUUUGAAUAAUGUGUUAAUCACACUCUAUAUAUCGAGUGCGUUGAUUGGAACAAGAACAAUAUAUCGCACGGUGGAAUACUUCAGUAUCGCAGAUUUGCAUCUCGAGUCUGGGAUAGAAGUUCUUGAUAUCAGUCCGAUUAUUCGGCUGGAGACAUCCGAUGAGUUUUUGCCGAGGAAUAAUAAGAUCUAUUUAGGAAGAGAUGGAGUGACUGAAUUAGAGGGAAUGGGAGAUCAGGAUGAGAGGAAAUGGUGGGUUACAGUUAUUGAUCCGUUUGAUGUUUACGGAAUUUGGAAGGGGAGGAAUUUGGAUAGAGAGUUUUGA